UUCAGUUCGACGCAUCUGAGUCUCCACAGACAAAUAUUCCUGGAGAAAAGAGACUUCUUUAGGGGUGUAUCAUAUGUGCUCUUUAUAAAUAAAGGGAAUGUUUGCUUUUCAGGAGAACAGACUUUGCUUGAUACAAAUGCGACAGACCAAUUGCAUUUAACAUUGGAGGCGCAAGUGCUUUGCUUGGACACCCGAGAUGGCCAAAGUGCGAUGCAUUCAGCGCCUGUCAGGAUGGUUUGUUCUCCUCGGCUUAAUGACACGCCAAAGUCACGCCAUUGAGACAGUGAAUGUUGUGGACUACUGUGGACAGACGAUACAGGGGGAUGGCAUGAUCGUAAAAUCCCAUCAAGAGUCCCGGAAGUACUACUUCAUCUCCAUGGGGACAGAUUGCCACCUCACCAUGCAGUCCGCAACUCCCCGGGACAAGGUGCAAUUCUACUUUCGCUUUUUCCUGGUCUACAGCCUGCUGAGAGUGUCCCCACACAGCCCCGCACCUCACUUCCCAGAAUUGCCUAAGGGGUCUUCGUCAUCUGGCCCAAUGCGACUUGACCUUAGCAUGGACCCAACCACUAGGGAGGGGCCAGAGGACCCCUGCCAUGCUGGCUCUUACAUCCAGUUCUACGAUGGGAGGAAUACAUCUGCACCCCUUAUUGGCCCACCACUUUGUGGAAAGAGCCCUCCCCGACCAGUGUUGUCUACUGGCAACUUUCUAACUCUACGUCUGGUUACCCGAGGAACGCAGCCAAGGGUGGACUUUGUUGGAGACUUCACUUCUUUCAGGCUGGGUUUUAACCAAUCAGAGUGCAGUGGGCAGCCUUACUUCAAUUGUCGGAAUGGGAAGUGCAUUCCAAUGAGCCUGGUUUGUGCGGAUGAUAAAGGCAUUGACAACUGUGGCGAUGGCAGUGACUUGAUUGAUUACCCUGGUUGCAAUAGUCCUCUAUCCACACCCAAGUCCCCACAGCUUCGUGUCACCCAACCGGCACCUAUGCUAAAUUCACCCAUUCUGACAGUGUCCACUUUAAAGAACUGUGCCACCCCAAACACCAUCCCUGAUCCUGACUCUGUGACUGACUCCCAGUCUUCCAUUUCUCUACUAGCCCUGUAUGUGGUUCUGGGCGUUACGGCAGGGGGAGUUCUCAUGUGCUGGUGCUGUUGGGCUCCUGGCUGGUUCCUAUGGCGUUUGAGCGUGUUUCGCUUCUUGCCCUGCUGCAACUCUUUCUGUGCAUCCUGCCAGCUCUGUGGAAGGAGCUGCUCGCUAAACAAAGACCACCAAUUAGCUAAAGUAACACCAGAAGGAGCGGCAACACCUGUGUCUUCUACCACAACAGUGGCUGUGUAGAUCUAUUCAUCUUACACCAAUCGAAAAAGCUAGAACACAUUUAUUACUCCAUAAAGGACUCUCUCUCUCUAUAUAUGAGACUAUAUAUUGAAAAUGUUGAAAAGU